GUACUGCUUAUUCAGCCUGCUCUCAUUUCUUCCGGCUUUGUGCCGUGAUGGAGCUGAGGAUGACGUCUCUUCGUGCCUCCCCUACGGCUCUUGUUUUUUUGCAGAAAUUCUUGAUAAUAGUUAUUAUUUUAGAUGCAGCGGCUGGAGAGAGGACUCGGCUGUUUGUCACCGUGCUGUAUCGGCAUGGCGAUCGCUCACCAGUCAGAUCCUUCCCCACUGACCCCCACCAGGAGAGUGCCUGGCCUCAAGGCUUUGGACAACUGACGCAGGAAGGAAUGAGACAGCACUUUCAGUUAGGGCAGAGCCUCAGACGGCGCUACGAUGGUUUUCUAAAUGCUACAUACAAUCGGCAUGAGAUCAUGGUGCGGAGUACAGACUAUGACCGGACUUUGAUGAGUGCAGAGGCACACCUGGCCGGCCUGUACCCACCUAAUGGGACACAAAUCUUCAACCCCAAUCUUGCCUGGCAGCCCAUCCCAAUCCAUACAGUACCACAGGCAGAAGAAAGGCUGCUCUCAUUCCCUCUGCGUGGCUGCAAGAAGUAUGAGCGCUUAAUGAAUGAAACCAAGAAAACUGAUGUCUUUAUUAAUAUGACCAAUACCUAUAGAGACUUUUUGGCAAUGGUGCGGAACAAGACUGGCUUGGAGCAGGCCACCAUAGAAUCUGUGUGGGGUGUCCAUGACACAUUGUUCUGUGAGGCUAAACACAACCUCACACUUCCUCCAUGGGUAACACCAGAGGUCAUGGAGAAACUUGGUGAACUCAAAGACUUUGGCUUCAGGAUCCUGUUUGAACUCUAUAAGAGGGAGGAGAAGUGUCGGCUUCAAGGAGGUCUCCUGCUUGAUCAAAUUUUGAAGAAUAUUUCAGCAGUUGCAGCCAAUGCAUCCCAUCAGCCACUGAAGAUGAUAAUGUACUCAGCGCAUGAUACAACCAUUGUGGCACUACAGUCAGCCUUAAACGUCUUCAAUGGAAAACAGCCCCCCUAUGCUUCCUGUCACAUUUUCGAGUUGUUUCAAGAAGACAAUGGGUCUUUCUCCAUUGCCAUGUUCUACUGGAAUGACAGUCGCACAGAGCCUUACCCUCUGGUCCUGCCGGGGUGUGACCAGUACUGCCCUCUGGUGGACUUUGUCCGCCUCACUAAACCUGUCAUCCCUGUGAACUGGAAGGCGGAGUGCGAGAUGCCCUUUGACCUGAAGGACACAGAGAUGAUCAUCGGGCUGACCGUGUGUGGAUGCCUGCUCCUCAUUCUCUUCGUCCUGCUCCUCACCGUCCUGUGCCGGCAAAAGGGCCUGUCCAGUGGCUACAGCAGCGUGACCAAUGAGGGGGAUGACCACUCCUGACAGUCAAUUGAGCUGCUAGGGAAGUUGGACCCUUGGGACAGUGAUGCAGAUUUCUGAACUUCCUUGACUUUCACGGUUGGUUUCUGGGAUCAAGAACAUAAAAAUCAUGCUAGUUUACUCAUGUUUUUUUGUGGUUUUUUUAAUUUUAUUAGCAGGGAUCUUUACUUCCAUAACUGUUUCUAAGCAUUCAGAUAAUGGUCUAGAGUCUUCUCUGUUUUGAGUUAGUUAAGUUUACUGGGGCGAUGUCCUUAACAUUUUACAGUUUUUAUACUUAUUUUAAGGCAGUACAUGUACCUGUGUGGUUUCCCAUUAAGAGUUUACAUCUCUCCCUUGGUGUGUAAAUGUUUAUCUUACGGAUGUUGGCUUUAAUGAACCGUACCAACCAUUUUGAUGGUCAGAAGAUCAGUUGGAUCAGUUGAGACUGCGUGUAAAUGAGAGGUGGCGUCAUAGAGCGCAAAGGCAACAGCCUUAAGACAAUGAGCGGCUUCUGUUUAUUUUAGGUUACCUGCACUUUAUUGAUACCAGGAAAUUCUUGAAUUUGACCAUAGCAGAUUGUCAUGUCCCGAAGUCAUGCAAUUAGUAACUCCAAAAUAACCCAACAAGCCUCAAAUCAAGAUAACAAUGAAUACCUCUGAAUCUUGUUUGUGUUUCUAAGUUUCAUGAAUUACUGGGCAGUCAGACAUGACCACAAAAUCCAUCACAUUUUCAACGUUUCUCAUCUGUACCCAUGUAGACCAAUUCUUAUACGUUUUCCCUGCCUCCAUUAUUGCUGGAGGUACAUUAAUUGCAAUGAGGGUAAUAUUAAAAUACUGUGUUUAAACGCUCUUCAAAAUUUUCAGAUUAAGAACAGUAUGACGUUGUUUUAUGGUUUGUUGGUAGUAACUUUAUUUAAAUUUAUGAUUUGACAUGUAUGAAGCUCAGGAAUAAGUCACUUGUUUUUUUUUUGCUUUGACAUUGCUUUAUGAAGUUUUUGAGGAAUUAAUUUUUAUAUUCUAUACCAAGGGGGGUGUCUACUUUUUAAUUUUAAUCGGAAUUGGCGGUAUUGUAAAGGGAUACUUCCAUCAGUUUCUCAUAAUUAAUACUAAGGGAUUGACUGUAGGAUGAGGUUGGUGUCAAAGUACAGCAGAAACAUUGGUAACACUUCACAUUAAUUGCACCUUCAUAAUGCAUUCAUAGAAUAUUCAUAAGCAGCAUCUAAAUAUACCUUAACAUCUACAUGUACCCUAAAAACUUUAAUAUACAUUAAUAAGUUUAUCGAUGUAUAUUGAAGCUGUUAAAGUAUAUUAUGAUGUUAUGAAUGAACCGCUUAUCCUACUGGGGCGCGGGGGGUCCGGAGCCUAUCCCGGAAGCAAUGGACACGAGGCAAGGAACUGCCCAGGAUGGGGGGCCAGCCCAUCGCAGGGCUCACUCACACAUGCACUCCUACGGGCAAUUUAGCAAAUCCAAUUAGCCUCAGCAUGGCUUUGGACUGUGGGGGGAGGGAAACCGGAGUACCCGGAGGAAGCCCCACGACGACAUGGGGAGAACAUGCAAAUUCUGCAAACAUGUUACCCAGGCGGAGACUCGAACCUGGGACCCAGAGGUGUGAGGCAACAGUGUUAACCACCAGAAUUUUUGGUCAUCCUGGAACAACCCGUGUUUUAAUGUAUUUGAAGCAAUAUUUUUACAUUUUCAUUCUGAUUAAGUACUGGUAUAUCUGGCAUACUCAAACUUUUAUUUGAACUAGAUUUUAAGAAAGGAAGUUGCCUAUGGUUCCAUCAGUCCAGUCGAUCAAUCCUGUUUGCUACAAAUUGACAACUCUAUUACUUGGUGGAUUAAAUGUAUUGUGCACUGAUGUGAUUGUAUGUUGUCAUUGCAAAGUAGCCAGUUGGGAUUACUAAAUGCAGUUUUGUCUGUAUUGUUGAUCUCAAUAAUGCCUUAUCACUCAUAUGUAAAUGUGAUAGCUAACGGUCAUACUUAUGCACUUGUUUACCACUUCGAUUCAUUUUUGCGUAGGUGCACAGGACAAUAUUGACCAGGGUCCACCAGGUUUUAGCAACAAUUAGAAGACUGCUGUUUUCCCCUCAACAUUUACUGAUUAUAAUUUUUAAAGUUGGGGCAAAUUGUAUUUGUCAGAAGAGAGGGGGAGGGGUUGUGAAUUGGAAUACCUGUAAUGGUAACCAUGAGAGCUGCAAUAAUACCUUAGCAGUAUAUUUAAAUAUUCUUCUUUAAAAAAAAAAAAAUCAACUAAGGGAAAUUUUGAAAAGUUUUUUGCCAUGAACAAAUCAUAGCAUUUCUACUUGCCUUAUUCGGUAGAGGAAAACGUAACUUGACUUGUUGACUUGGCUACAUCUUCCUUGAAUUGUAAGACUGAAUACUGCACAAUACAAUUUUGUGAAUCUAAAGGGAAAUGUUUAGUUCUCCGGCCAGCCAAGCUGCUGAUUGACUGCAUUGCUUUUUGUUUAAAUGCCCUUGUGAAAUAGUCUCAGCUAGUGGUUUCUCAAAGCCAAGAACUCGUACAAUGUUACGGUCCAAAUUGUGUGGGGAAAGUUAUUUUCAAUGUAAAAUGUUUAAGGUAUACAUAAGACUGUUCUGUAAGGGAAAGUAAAAGUUGCAAUAAAAUGUGUGUUCUGAAA